UGAAGACCGAGACAAUGACUGUCAGCAGCAUGGCGAUCAGAAAGAAGAUUGAGCCUGAGGCCGUAUUGCAGGCUAGAGUCAGUACGAUGGAAACAGCCCAGCAGGUGGAUGGGGGAACAACUGGGGGGAAAGAGAUGAUAACAACUUCCCACUCUGUCACCAUGGAAACCACCUGCACUACCAUGGAGAACAGUCUGAAGUCUGGGAAGGGAGCAGCAGUCAUGAUUCCCGGACCGCAGACGGUGGCAACAGAAAUCCGUUCUCUUUCUCCGAUCAUCGGGAAAGAUGUACUCGCCAGUGCCUAUGGGGCCACUGCAGAAACCCUGUCCACUUCCACUACCACCCAUGUUACCAAAACUGUGAAAGGAGGAUUUUCUGAGACCAGGAUAGAGAAACGCAUCAUCAUCACGGGAGAUGAAGAUGUAGAUCAAGACCAGGCGUUGGCUUUGGCCAUCAAGGAGGCCAAACUGCAACACCCAGACAUGCUGGUAACCAAAGCCGUUGUAUACAGAGAAACAGACCCAUCUCCCGAAGAAAGGGACAAGAAGCCACAGGAAUCUUGACCCCUGUGCAAAGAAGUUGGCAUCUCUAUUCAAACCAACUUGGAGAGCAGUUGAGGAGAGGGCCUUCACACUGAAUUCUGAGAUUAGACACAGACAACCCAGCUGCAAUGUUCCGUCCCUGCUGAGAGACUACAAAGGAAGAGCAUAUAUAUGUAUAGAUAUAUAUAGGUAUAUAUAUAUAUAUAUACACACACAUACACACACACACACACACAC